GCGAAAAACUGUGCAUCAGGUAGAUUUGAGACGCCGACCCCCUUGGAGCCCACCGCUCGCCCACACUCGGAGCCUGCGUGUUGAGACCUGAGAGCUCACGAAAUGCUGGUGGGGCUCGUGGACUUCAGCCGAUAACGUCGAAGGCCAGAGAGUGGUAGCUGUUCGAUGGCGAUCGACGCCGGCGAAGUCCUAGCCUCACCGUCUUCUCAUCUCAGGCGCCAAGAUGGGGAGGCUAUUCGUCAGUAUUACGUCGCCGUCGACAGGCUCCAAUUUAAGAUGGAGACAUUGGUUGACCUGUUGGACGUAAUCGGCAGAAGAUCUUCUUUGCCUGUAAUAUUGUGCUGCAGUUCUCGUGAUGAACUUGAUGCAGUGUGUGCUAACAUAUCGAAUUUGACAUACAUAUCCUUGAGCUCAUUGUACAGUGAUAUGGCAGAAUCUGAACGUUCCUUGACAAUCGAUAGAUUUCGUCAAGCAACUCUUGAUUGGAAUCACAAGGUCAAUGCUCCAGAAGAGCUUGUUGAAGCAAAAGUUGAAGGUCAGAGAUCAUCUGUUUUGGUUGUAACAGAUGCAUGCCUACCUCUGAUUGCAGCUGGAGAAAGCCCAUUCUCUGCACGUGUUUUGGUAAACUAUGAAUUACCAACAAAGAAGGAGACAUACUUGAGGCGCAUAUCUACUUGCUUGCCAUCAGAUGGGGUUGUCAUUAAUAUGGUUGUUGGAGGUGAAGUGGUGAUUCUUAAAAGCAUCGAAGAAGGUUGUGGCAUUAUCAUUGAAGAGAUGCCUAUACAUAUAUCAGAAAUUCUGUAGGCAACAAAUAAGUUGAAUGACAGGUACAACCCAGUGAAGAAAAAUGGAUUAUCGAUCAGCUGUGACAGACCGAGAAAAUCGCUACGACCAUUUUGUCAAUGAAGUUCCAAAUUUUCUCUCGUUGCAUUUACCCGCGAAUUAGCAAAAACUAGCUGCACAAUCCAGAUGGUACUAUUGUCAUUGCUACUCCUUAGCUGAAGGAUUAAGUGGGAUAUCACAUGUUUCAUCGUGAUUGUUUUCCUUCUUUUUUUUUUCCCUUCUCAUGGCAAGCUGCAAGGAAUGCACUAAAAUAUGCUUUUUCAGGAAUAUUAGCCUCAAGUUUCACCGUUGGUGUGAGCUUCUGUUUC